AUGAAACCCUCCGCCAUUACCGCUCUCACUUCACUCCUCUUCCUCUCCGCCGUCGCCUCCUCCGACGAGCAUCGCCGCCGCGAGAAUUUCCUCCGAUGUCUGAACACAUUCACCGGCGGCGGCGAAGCCUCCCCAAUCUCCCACGCCGUCUACACUCCGACCAACUCCUCCUUCAAUUCGAUCCUCCAAUUCUCCAUCAACAACCUCCGAUUCGCCUCGAAAUCCACUCCCAAACCCGCCGCCAUAAUCGCCCCGGACCACGAAUCCCAGGUCCCCGCCGUCGUCCGGUGCGCCAGGCAGAGCGAGCUCCAGAUUCGGACCAGAAGCGGCGGCCACGACGCCGAGGGGCGGUCCUACGUGUCGCAGGUCCCGUUCGUGGUCCUGGAUCUGAUAAACCUGAGCGAAAUCGAAGUGGAGGUGGAGGAGAAGACGGCGUGGGUGGGGGCCGGAUCGACGAUUGGGGGUUUGUAUUACGCAAUUGCGGCUCGGAGCCGGAAAUUAGGGUUUCCGGCGGGGAUAUGCUCGUCGGUGGGGGUGGGGGGCCAUUUGAGCGGCGGGGGGUAUGGGUGUAUGCUUAGGAAAUAUGGAUUGGCGGCGGACAACGUUGUCGGUGCGAGAAUGGUGGACGUUAAUGGAGACAUUUUGGAGAGGGGCAAAGGAAUGAGUGAAGAUGUGUUCUGGGCCAUUAGAGGAGGCACAGCUGCAAGCUUCGGUGUCCUCCUAGCAUGGAAGGUACAAUUGGUAGAUGUCCCUGAAAAAGUAGUUGCUUUUUCAAUAAGUAGAACCUCGGAACAAAAUGCAACUCAACUUAUUCAUCGAUGGCAAUACAUUGCUCCAAAGAUCGAUCACAAUCUAUUCCUCUUAACUGUAAUCAGCCGCGACCAUUCGAAACAAGAUGCGAUCCGCGCCUCAUUUCUUGCAAUAUUCCUCGGUGGCGUGGAUCGCUUGCUAAUGUUGAUGAACGAAAACUAUCCUGAAUUGGGUUUGGUUCGAGAAGAUUGCACUGAAAUGUCUUGGAUCCAAUCUACCGUAGUCUCGGCUAGUUGGUUCGGAUAUCCCAAGGGACCUCUAGAAGUGUUGCGCAAUAGAAGAGGUCGUGCUAUACCAUACUUCAAAUCACAAACCGAUUACAUUCAAGAACCAAUUUCGGAAAAGGGUCUCAAUCGAAUAUGGAGAACUCUUUAUGAACAAGAAGGUGCCGGAGCCGUAAUUGUUUUGAUUCCAUAUGGUGGUAGAAUGGAUGAAAUUUCCGAAUCAUCGAUCCCUUUUCCUCAUCGGGCCGGAAACCUAUACUCAUUGAGCCCUAUGGUAUUUUGGGGAGAGGAGGAGGAUCAUUAUUCACAUCGAUAUAUUGAAUGGAUACGAAGGUUUCAUCGUACCAUGACUCCUUACGCUUCGAAAUCUCCACGAGUGACAUAUUUCAACGAUAGAGAUCUCGAUCUUGGAGUUAAUAAUGAUGAAGGGGAUACAAGUUAUGAUCAAGCAAGUGUGUGGGGGUUCAAAUACUUCAAAAACAAUUUUGAUCGAUUAGUUCGAGCGAAAACCAUUGUCGAUCCGGAGAACUUCUUUCGAGAAGAGCAAAGUAUUCCAUCACUUCGGGAAGAUGUUUGAUUAGAUUUCGUAGAUGUAGAUGGAUUUGAAUAAGAUCUUGUAUUGUGUCAUCGAUGUCAUUUGUAAGAACUAGCUUAUAUGUAAUUUUCAUCCCUUUUUGUUAA